AUGGCCUCCUCUGCGCGCGACUACGGCUACGAUGAGAAAGACAGUGUGCCUCGUCACAUGAGGGAUGAGACGCCGAUCGCCCGAGGUGUGCGUACCAACUCUACGAGCGAUGAAGAGCACGCCGUCAGAAGAGGCUCGCGCAAGCAGUCUGUUGUGGCGUCCAUCAAGGCCAACUACGGUCUUGCCGAGGCCCCUACGUAUGCCGAGAGCAUCAAAGUAGGUUACGACAGUACCCAUCGCAAACUGAAGCCGCGACAUAUUCAGCUCAUCGGCAUCGGUGGCACGAUUGGCACGGCUCUGUACGUGCAAAUCGGCCGAGGACUGCUUAAUGGCGGGCCGGGGAGCUUGUUCCUGGCCUUUACAAUUUGGUGUACAUUCAUCCUUUGCGUCACGAACUGCAUGGCCGAGAUGGUUACCUAUGCACCGAUCUCGUCGCCCUUUAUCCGCUUUGCUGGCCGCUACGUGGACGAAGCCUUCGGUGUGGCAGCAGGAUACAAUUUCUUCGUCUUCGAGGCCAUGUUGGUGCCCUUUGAAAUCGUGGCCUGCAACGUCAUUAUCCAUUUCUGGAGCGACAUCGUACCCGCAGGGGCCAUCAUCGCCAUCGUCAUCUGCUGCUACGCGCUCGUCAAUCUCUUUGCCGUGAAAUGGUACGGCGAGACCGAAUUCUGGCUCGCGUUGGGCAAAGUGCUCUUGAUUGUGGGGCUGAUCAUCUACACCUUCAUCGUCAUGCUGGGAGGAAAUCCAGAGGGCGACCGCUUUGGAUUCCGCUACUGGAACAACCCAGGCGCAUUCACCGAACUCUACCGCCCUGGCUCGCUCGGUCGAUUCCUGGGCUUUCUGCAGUGCCUGAUCCAAGCGAGUUUCACGAUCGCCGGGCCGGACUACGUCUCCAUGGCCGCAGGCGAGGCCGAAAACCCCCGGACAGUGCUGCCACGAGCAUACAAAGCCGUGUUCUAUCGGCUUACCGCCUUCUUCAUGCUCGGGUCGCUCUGCGUCGGCAUUCUGGUGCCCUACAACGACGAGGAGCUCAUUACGGCCUUUUCGACCGGCCAGCCCGGUGCCGCGGCGUCGCCUUAUGUGGUUUCCAUGAACCGCCUCCGCAUCAAGGUCUUGCCGCAUAUCGUCAACGCCAUGGUCCUCGGGAGUGCUUUCUCCGCGGGCAACAGCUACGUCUACUGCGCCAGUCGUAGUCUGUUCGGUCUUGCCCUCGAGGGCAAAGCACCGAGGAUCUUUACGCGGUGCACGAGGAACGGUGUCCCUAUUUAUUGCGUGGGCCUCGUACUGCUGAUCAGCCUGCUGGCCUUUUUGCAAGUCAGCAACGACGCGGCCGUGGUGUUGAACUGGUUCGUCAGCUUGGUAACGGCCUCCCAACUCAUCAACUUCUCCGUCAUGGCCUUCACGUUCCUCAAGUUCAAAAAGGCCCUCGAGCGCCAGGGCAUCGACCGCAACACUCUCCCCUACAAGUCCUGGUGGCAGCCCUUUUCGGCCUACUACGCCCUCACAGGCUGUUUCAUCAUGACCUUCGUCGGCGGCUACACGGUCUUCCUGCCCGGGUUCUGGGACGUGCCGAACUUCCUCUUCUCCUACGCCAUGGUUGCCGUGUUCCCUAUCCUGUUCGUCGGCUGGAAGUUGAUCAAGCGGACGAAGUGGCUCAAGCCCGAGGAGGUCGACCUGACCAAGGAUCUGGAUGAAAUCGCCGAGUACGAGAGGAAUUAUAUGCCCAAGCCGCCGAGGUGA